AUAUCCUGAUGAUGAUGAAGCAGAUGGAGUAAAUUAAUUAGAGAUUCGAUUGGAAACAAUGACUAAGAUUUCGGAUCUUCCACGGGAUUUGACAGAGGAGGUGCUCUCUAGGCUUCCGGUGACAUCUAUGAGAGCAGUGCGAUUUACUUGCAAAAAUUGGAAUAGUUUAUCGAAAGAUCGGAGCUUUAGAAAGAAGCACCUGCGUGGAGCAAUAUCAGCAGCGAAGAAGAAGCAGACGAAGGAGUUUCAGGUGAUCAUGAUGAUUCAAUAUAGGGUUUAUUUAUUCAGCGUCAAUCUCCUCAAUCCAUCUAUAGAGCGUAUAGGUAAACUUAUUAGCCUAGACGUUGAAGAUCGUGUCGAUAUAUCUAAAAUCUUUCACUGCCACGGUUUAUUGUUAUGCAUCACCAAAGACAUAUCUAGGCUUGUGGUUUGGAACCCUUACUCUGGGCAAACUAGGUGGAUCCAACCUAGAAAUUCUUACCACAGAUUGGACAGGUACGCUUUAGGAUAUGAAGAGAAGAAAAAUUCGUGUCGUAGCUACAAAAUCUUGAGAUUUAUGGAUAAUUACGAGGGCGACAACCCACCGUACCUAAUUCGUGAGUUUGAAAUCUACGACUUAAACUCUGAUUCAUGGAAGGUUGUUGAUGUCCCUCCUGACUGGGAAAUAGAGUAUUAUCACCGUGGCUUGUCUCUCAAGGGGAAUACUUACUGGUUUGCUCAAGAGAAGCUUCCAAUAUUCCCACUCGGAAGAGUGGUAUCAGAUAUGGCUGAUUUCUUACUCUGUUUUGAUUUUACAAGGGAGAGGUUUGGACCGCGUCUGCCUCUGCCUUUUCACUCUUUUGUUGAAGAUACUGUGACUCUAUCUAGUGUUAGAGAUAAGCAACUUGCAGUGUUAUUUCAGCCAUGUUAUGCAUCUACCGUGAAGAUAUGGAUUAGUAGCAAGAUUGAGCCCAAUGCAGUGUCGUGGAGGAAGGUUUUCUUAGCGGUUGAUAUGAAACCACUCACUGGUUUUCAGUUUGACAUUAACGCUGGGAGUUUCUUUGUUGACCAGAAGAAAAAGGUCGCCAUGGUUCUUGAUAAAGAUAGAUUCAGAUCUAAAUUAACUCGCAACAUAGCUUACAUCAUUGGAAAGAAGGGGUAUUUCAAAAAGGUGGAUCUUGGAGAAUCUACAGUGCCAUCUUGUGCCUCACUUGUGUGCUCUUACGUUCCAAGCUCAACGCAAAUCUAGCAAGCUUCACCACGAGGCAACCCUAAUAUAUUCACGUUGUUUACUGUUUUUCUUUUCUCGUCUUGGGUUAAUAAUUUUGAGAUUGACAAUUGUUGGUUUCUCAACAUGGCCUAUGCUUUCUUUACUCUGUUCAUCCUUCUAUAUCUAAUGGAUAGUUAAUCAAGAUAA